AUGGCAGCGUCAAAGGCCGCAGCGACGGAACUCGAGGAGCUUCAGGGCGAGCCACGCUGGUCUAGUAUCCGUUAUCCACCUCAUCCUUGUCCUGCCAAGUGGUCACACAUCACAGACGAGAAGUUAAUGCUGUUGGUGACGCAGUCGACGGCUAGUGGGGAGAGGUUUCCAGUCGGUGUCAAUUGGCUAGAGGUCUCUCGAGUAGUGCGCCGCUCUCCCGUGGAUUGUGUAAAGCGCUAUGCGUAUUUACAUGAUGCUUGUGAGCAAUACGAUGUACUAGAAGAAGAUCAACAAGUGGAAGAGGAAGAGAAGGAAAAUAUCAAGGUGCUGGAAGAAGAGCUGGAAGAGUUCCUUUUGGAUAGUGGGGACGAAGGUCUCGACGAGCAGUCACUCAGCAACUUUGCGACGCCUGUGACUUCACCGAAACUGCAGCCACUGGACACAUUCGGAGCGUUUGUGACAAGUAGACCGACUUCUCCUGAAUCACCGCCACCAUUUGCUGUUGCUCGCCCUGCGGCAAAGAAGCCAGGAACUACUGGCUUAGAAGGAAGCCCAUUCAGAUGGGAGAGUCUGGUGAAUGACCCGAAGUACAUCGCACCAGUGCUCGCUUCUCGACCAAGUUUGCACCAUAAACAGAGCUUGCAAGGUCGCAUUAGAGUGGAAGAUGAUGAAUCAAAAGAGCUGUUUGUGGUGUCACCGCCGAGGCUAUCGUCCCAAGGAUCCAUAUCGCCUUCUGAGUCGGAGGGCCAACAUGGGAUGGAAACGAUAGCUGACCGGAAUAAUAUUGCGUCGGUUCUCACGCACGCCUUCAAAGGACUAAAAUUGGGGGCCAUGUCACCUCCGUUGGGUUCUCCUCUCAUCGGUUCUCCUCGUCUAAGUCGAAAAAUCUCCAACUCAGAGUAUCCAUUCUUGAAGGAGGAAGACUUGUCUGUUUGCCAAUCCGCGGCGAGUCAUGCGAGCAGUAGCAUAGGCGAGACUGGAGGAGUAGAAGCUAGAACCGAGCCAGCACUAUUUGUAAACGAUGCCUACAGAGUUGGCAAUGAUGCAUCGUCCGGAGACCUGCAGCGUCAGAUGAACACACAUCUGAUGCGCAUGUCCGCCAUGUCUUCGUUCCACGGUGACAACCCGUUCUCGGGCUCAAUCACCCAGUCAGCGCUGGAAGACGCCUUUUUAGAUAUGGCAGGUUCACGUUUAGACGCUUCCAAUGUGCUCCGGAGCAGUCGUAUGUCAGCAAGUCCUGGAACACAGUCACAGCAUCGUCUUAAUCGGAUUCCAAUUGAUGGUCAAGGCGCACAAGGCGCUACCUGA